GGCGACAUCACAGCUGGCACUCUAACUGCAGCACACUGUACAACGUUCUCUGGAAAUUUGACUGUGCAGUCCCUGUCUGCUUGCUCGACACUCGCCUUUUACCCUCUUACUGGCCCAAGCGACUUUUGUUGAAGCCCGACACAUAGUGCGCGUCUGUCAGUGCCAUCCGCCAUGCUGUACAAUCUGCUACCGCAUGCUCUCCAAUACCUCGUCGCCUCAUUGCUUCUGACGAAGCAGCCUGCCACCCCGCAUUCCCUCGUGCUUGAGCUGCGUCAUGAACAUGGAUUGUCGGACUCGGGUCGAGUGGUCUUCGCGGACAUUGACCCCUCAAGGUCCUCUCUCCUUCCCGGCGAACGGACUGUCAACUCUCGGAACGUAAAGGCUCAUCGUCCAGCAUCUCAUGAGUCAUUCUCAAGCGCGCGCUUCAAUAACUCAGCUUCUGUACUGUGGGACGAGGUUGAUAUCGAGGGCCCUGAUACGCAGGACCGCGAGACGUUGCGCGCUCUCGCGAAGAUGACUAACAAUGCCUACUACGAGCCUAUUGAGAAGUCGUGGUACGACCUAGGACCAGACUGGGACAAUCAAAGCUACCCGUUUGGCUGGGAGCCAGACGCAGACGGUUUCCGAGGAUACGUCUUUGCGACCCCUGACAACUCCACUGUCGUGAUCUCCGUCAAGGGCACUUCUGCUGGAUGGCUUGUCGGAGGCGGAGGUCCGACUACGCGGAAGGACAAGUUCAAUGAUAAUCUUCUGUUCUCCUGCUGCUGUGCCCGGGUAGGGCCAACGUGGUCUCCUGUCUGCGACUGCUACGAGGGUGGGCACAAGUGCGACCAGGGAUGUCUCGAGAAGAACAUUGCGGAGGAUAGCUUAUUCUACUCUGUCGGCACGAACUUGUACUAUAAUGUCACCUACAUGUAUCCGAACGCAAACAUCUGGCUCGUUGGCCAUUCUCUAGGGGGCUCGCUUGCCUCUCUCGUCGGCCUGACGUUUGGCGUACCAGUGGUGGCCUUCGAGGCACCAGGUGAGAAACUGGCGGCACGGCGCCUCCAUCUGCCCUUUCCGCCUUCCACGCAACAUAUCACACAUGUUUAUCACACCGCUGACCCCAUCGCAAUGGGUAUCUGCAACGGGGUCUCUUCAAGCUGUGCUAUUGCAGGAUAUGCCAUGGAGACUCGAUGCCAUCUAGGGAACACGAUCCUAUACGAUACCAUCACGAAGCUGAAAUGGUCCGCUGACAUUCGCACUCACUCCAUCCGCGUCAUCGUCGACAAGCUUCUCGCCGAAGACUGGGACACCGGCGACGGAAAUGGGGGAGAGAUCAAAGCUGUGCCGGAACCGAAGGCGGAAGACGACUGCGUGGAUUGCUUUGACUGGGAAUUUGGGGAUUAUCGCAAUGCCUCUGUCUCAACGUGUGGUCAUUCUUUCGUAUAGAAUCUGCGGGCAUUAUUGGGUUGUACUGCACUGUACCAUAGGACGUAUCAGUCGCGCAUGUUGUUCAUAUCGCAGGGUGGCCGGGUAUUCGUUACUAUCUAUCAUAGAUACUAUAUAUGCAUGCGGCUUGUCUUGAACAGCAUUAGAGUAAUCUUUAUGGUGCCAUGCGUUGCCCAGUUCAUUUCACAAGUGUCGUCUCCAGAGAAUCAGUGGAUCCUUAU